UAUUCUUACAGGAAAUUGAAAUAACUGAAUUAAUUAAUUAAAUUGAAAUUGUUUUAUUUAAUUAUUGUCCAUGUUUUAUUUUCUUCUAAUUUUGGGUUAAAAAUAAUUAGAAUACAUCUGUCAUGGUGAUCAGCAAAGAAGAGGCCAUAAUUUCAAACCACUUGGUCUGUGAGAUGUCUGGAGAUUCUAUUGCAGCAAUUGGUGAAAAAUUGCUAAAACAAUUAAGUCAGUGCCAGAACCUGACUGCACAUCAAAUUAAAGCAAUUCGACAAAUCUUCAGCAGUGGAAAUACUUCAUUUGGGCCUCCUUCUACAUGGACAUCUUCUGUUCUGGAUCAACUGAGUCAACUGAUCCUAAUCCUGGAUCACAGUAUUCUGCAAAGUAUUCCUAAGAAUGUUUUAAUGCCGUGGUUAGAAAACUCCAUUCUCCAUUCUGAUCUGUCACAAAAUCAGCUGGUCCAUAUUAGGGAAAGCCUUAAAUCCUCCAGAACAAAGCGUGGGAUCGCAACGUGCCCAACGGACAAAAUCAUCACAAAGGAGAUACUAAAUGAUGACCUGAUGGAUGAGCUUCUAUUUUAUACUCCGAUAGAAUUGAAAUUGUGCUUGACUAAGGAAAACCUAAUGAACAAUAUUAGUGCAUUCUCAGACUACCCUUUCACAGAUGAACAGCUGCAAGCAGUCAAGGACAAACUGGAUGAGAUAUUUCCUGAGGGAUAUCCUCCUGCUGUAUUCAGUAAUCUUGGACUCAUUGAAAAACUAAUAGAUGAAAAGAAGAUCAAGCAAUGGACUAUCAAUUCAACAAGCACAGUUCAUGCUUUAUUGGAUUCUGUGUCCGGUGAUGAGCUGAGAAUUGCAGUUAUUCAGCGUUAUAUUGAAUUGAGAAAGCAAAUUAAUAGCAAUUUUCUGGAUGUGCUCGGGCCAUACAUCUGUCUCCUGAAUGAGGACCAGCUCAGCAUGAUAACUGAAAAGAGCAUUGAGAUGGCCACUCUCCUUGACCCAUCCAAUUGCUCCUCAGCCAUCAAGGAUCAUCUCUAUCCCAAAGCCAAGCGGGCCUUUUCAGAUCGUCACUAUGAAUACAGUGAAUAUUAUAAACGGAUCAGGCCAUUUCUAG